GUGAAGAGAUGGCGUUUGUGAAGAGUGGAUGGUUGCUGCGACAGAGUACUAUUUUGAAGCGCUGGAAGAAGAAUUGGUUUGACCUAUGGUCAGAUGGUCACUUGAUCUAUUAUGAUGAUCAGACACGCCAGAGUAUUGAGGAUAAAGUCCAUAUGCCAGUGGACUGCAUCAAUAUCCGCAUAGGCCACGAGUGUCGGGAUAUUCAACCUCCAGAUGGGAAGCCAAAAGAUUGUCUACUUCAGAUUGUUUGCCGAGAUGGGAAGACGAUCAGUCUUUGUGCAGAAAGCACAGAUGAUUGUUUGGCUUGGAAAUUUACACUGCAGGAUUCCAGAACAAAUACGGUGUGCGUGGGCUCUGCUGUCCUGUCAGAAGAGACCGCCGUGGCUUCCUCGCCCCCUCCUUACAUGGCCUAUGCUGCACCAACCGCUGAGCAGGCAUAUGGCUACAGUCCCUAUGGUGGUGCAUACCCGGCAGGAACUCAGGUUGUCUAUGCUGCCAAUGGACAGGCAUAUGCAGUACCCUACCAGUACCCUUAUGCAGGACUGUAUGGACAGCAGCCUGCCAACCAAGUCAUCAUUCGUGAGCGCUAUCGAGACAAUGACAGUGACCUGGCCCUAGGCAUGCUGGCUGGAGCGGCUACAGGCAUGGCCCUAGGAUCUCUGUUCUGGGUCUUCUAGAGUCUUUAAAAUCUCUAUAUGCAUAGCUUCUGAUAACCCUGUGUGCAAUAACAUGAUUUGCAGGGCAUUUCUGUUUGUGACAAAUGUUUUUAGUAAUAGUUUUAAUAGUUCUUUUGGAAGUAGUGACUUGAUAAUUGUAACUAAUCUGUGCAAGCACCACAGAGUAGGGCUUAAACUGUGUUGUUUAGCUAUAACAUGGACUCUCUGGGGCACAGGCUAAUUCCCAGAAUUUGUGGAGAGACAUUUUCUUCUCAGUUAGGUGUAGUGUUUAAGGGAUAAUUUAUUUUCUUGUUACGGCAAAUAAUAUAGUGAUGAAUGAGUGAGUGAUUGUGGUAAGACAGACUGUACUUCUGCACUUCUUUUGGUUUAACCUCAAACUUUGAAACCUUAGAUCAGAACUAGCUGCGUGCUGCCUCAGGAGCGGUGGGCUGGGGAGCUGUGAUGGCCUCCCAAGGCAGUGGUACUCCUGGGAGCCUCAUGGCCUGACCCUGGGGAGGCGGACUUGCUCACAAAUGCGCAAGGAGCCGGGCCAACACCCUCCCACCCUUUAAAACAAUGCUUCUAAAACCUGCCGAAUUCAAGAGCUACUGCUUCUUGUGUUGUUUUUAUUUGUUUUUCAUAGUGGUAUUCGGAAAACAUCUCAAAUUAGGAAUUGAUUGGAGAAAAGUCAAAGAGAAGGCAGAAGAAUAACAGGUGUAUGAAGGUUGAUUUGCAUUAUUGAGAGAUGUAUUUUUAUUGUCUGAUUUAGGAACAUUUAUUGCUGGCUAAACCUACUUACAGCCUAUUUUUCUACUUGUUGAGAAGGUAAUAUUAAAAGAAUGAUGAGGAAAACAGAGAGAGCUGUUGUUUGGAUGUUCUUGCCUCAGGCCUUCUGGGGGUGCUGCACAGGGAACACUGUUUUCUUCCCUCUGCAGGCCUGGCCUACAAGGUAGGGCCAUUGGCCACUCACCCAGUGCUGGGAUGGACCAGGGCUGAGCUGCACUUGGCUUAUAGACCAGAAAUGGGGCCUAGAAGAUGAAGAUGCCACUCAGCCUGCCUGGGACCUCAGCCUUGUUUUUGUUCUGAUCUGUAUGUUAUAAAGAAGCUUAAAACAUUUGAUGUUGGGCCCCCAAAUAUGUGAAGCUCUGGAAAACCUAUAUUCUUGCAUUUCUGACAAAUAUUCGUAUUUCCCAUAUUAUGAAAUAGAUAUUUCAAAUAUUUCUGUUUUAGGAGAUUUUUUUUUUUUUGCACUGGGAAUCAAACUCAGAACCUCACAGUUGCCAGGCAGGCACUGUGCCACUGAGCUAAAUCCCUGACCUUAUUUUGUGUUUUAAAGCUGGUUAUUGAUUGCAGUUUUCUGUCCUGCAUGCUUUAAACAUUUCCACAAAGGCUGGUUAACACCAUUAAGGCCCCCUCCCCUGUGGUUCCAUUUUCCCUACAGUACACUCCAGGAAGCACAGACUCUGGUAAUUGUACUGGGAUUACAUACAUGCUCUGUUGUUGCACGGCUGAGCUGGCUCCAUGAUUUGAUGACUGGAUCUCAUAUGAAUCCAGAUGCUGACUAGAUUGAGUAGUGCCCAUCGUUUGCUUUUCUAGCUACUCCUAGGGGACUGGUUGACAUAUGAAUGUCCUUUUCCAGCUGAAACCUGUACAUGUGGGUAAAUGUGAAAUGUGGCAACAUGGUGUUGAUGGUUUAAAGUAUUGUUUCAAUAUGUAAUGUUGAUUUUGUAUCCUGUCAUAAGAAUGGCUUUUGUUCAUCUUGUUACAUUUACAUACCAACUCCUCAUGAUGAAUGUAAUCAUGUAUUGCAAACAUGUACUAAUAAAAAUUUUAAAAAGAAGAAAA